UCUGCUGAGAGACUGAUGACGCUCCGCAGUUCCGCGCCGCGAUUGGCCGCGCCCGACGGAGUUUAUAAAAGGCGGUGGCUGCCGCAGGACGGUCAGUCGGCGGGCGGAGCCGAGCGGGAGGGAGCCAUGGGGCUCGGUCCGAAAGUUGGGCUGCUGGUGCUGGUCGCGCUGCUCGGCCUGGGGAAGGCGAAUGAGGCACCCAAGGUGGAGGUGUACUCCCGCAAAAUCGCAGCACUUGGCCAGAAGAACACCCUCAACUGCUUUGUCAGCGGUUUCCACCCUCCGCAGAUCGACAUCACCCUCCUGGAGAACGGGGAGCCCAUGGAGGGCGUGCAGUACGCUGACAUGUCCUUCGAUGACAAGUGGUUCUUCCAGCGCCUGGUCUACGUGCCCUUCACCCCGCAGAAGGGCAGCACCUACGAAUGCAGGGUGGCCCAUUCCACCUUCCGCGAGCCGCAGUCGUUCCGAUGGGAUCCAGACUUCUAAGCCAUGCCUGGGAUAAAUAAUCAUGCUCUGAUAGAAUUCUGCCUUGCAAGUCAAAAUCACCUUGGGCUUCUGUCCUUUCUUCACAUCGCGCUUGCUGUUCUGAGGGAGAAGAGCAAUCGUCUUCAUUGCAAAAUUACUUCUUAGGGAAACCAUCCCCUACACUUAAAAUUACUGCUGUAAAACUACUAGUGGCUUUCUGCGCUGUGGAAUUAAAAUGCUGAGGCACUGAGAGGAAAAGCACAAGGAGGAUGGGCAGGUGGUCUCGCACCUGUGAAGCUGAUGUCCUGUGCGUACGGCAGUGCCAUCAAAGCCACCCUGGCUGCUGGUGACAACGAAGGAGCUCCAGCGUGGGCCCAUCAGGGUUCAAAAUUUUGGCUGUGUUGUGGGAGAUUCGUCAUGCAAACUCCCACCAUUCAAAACCUGCCAAUAAAUACUCCCCGAAAUUGCGUAAUUUUUCAAAGUGUUGCUCUGUUGUAACAUCUGCCCUCCAUAAGUUUUAGCUGCAGCCACAGUUAAUAAAGCUUAUAAUUAAAACACGGUUUGCCCAAAGCAGUAUGCUAGCUUGGCUCUCUGUUUAUUGAGCACAUAGCUGUGGAUGUAUUACUGAUUAAAAAGUAAUUGUAGCCCUUCAGUGCUUUGAUAUGUACAGGAUUUUUACCCAAAUAAAAUUGGGGACUUCAGCAAAGUCCUUAAAAUGUUUUUUUCUAA